AUGCCGUCUAAGGUUUCCGCACUCGCUGCCUCUGAGGCAACAACGACAAGGCCGCCGCUGCAGGCCGCGAUCAUCAGUCGUAGUGGAGAAGUGCUCACGAUCCUCGGCAGCCCAGGAAACUCGCCAAUCGCUACAUCAAUCCAGCCGGCCUGGUCCAGCAGGAUGGACGAGGAAACACCGACGGAAACUUCGACUUCGGACGAUACCACUGCAAGUCCGCCCCACAAGAAGGCUCGGUGUAGCAGUGGUGAACAGAAUGUCGGAUCGUCAACCACUGCAAGGCAAGAACCAAGCUCGCCAAGCGCUGAAACCCGUACCAGUCGGUCCAAGAAGCCCGCCAGAGCCAAGAAGAAGGCAGCAACGAAGACUACCAAGCCGACCUUGACCUCCAAGCCCAAGAAGGGCAAAGGAAGCCGCGGUAAAACUGCUCCAGACACCAAAAGCAUGCGUUGGACGGUGCCACUGACACGAUUGUCGCUGGAAACUCGCUUCAAGAACCCCAGAAUCUUGAAAAAAUUCGCCAAGAAGACAUCCGACACCAAGAAGAUCCGUGUCACAUGGGAAGACACCGUGAAUGUUUUCCUAAAGCGCGCGCUGAUUGAAGGAGCUUGGGGUGACGGUGAAGAGGGACGUGAUGUCUCCGUCUCUCAGUUCAAGAACAAGCUGAAUACUAUCGGAAAGGCUUACAGAGCGAAGCGGACCCGCAUGCUGGCCACUGGAAACCGUGCGAUGGAUACAUUCAGCGGGGGUGAAAGUGACAGCGACGAAGGCUCACGCGGGGGACGAUCGCAUUCAGAACUGCCAUCAAACUAUUUGCUAGACAGUGAUGAAGCUGUCGAUGACGCUGGUCGUAUCCGGCUCACGUGUGACCCGUUGAAUGUCCGCCCCGAAUAUCGCAAAGAGCUCGGAAAUGAGCUAGCUGCGUUAUGGCCUCUGCUGUGUGACAUCUUCUCCAGCAAGCCAGGCCUUACUGGAGAGACAAUCAUCGAAUCCGGCCUCAAUGCAAGUGACAGUGAUGAACAUGUAGAUGACGCGUCCAGCGACUCGGAGGCCAACAGCGACGAUGAAAGUUCGGACACCCCCAGUGAGGCUCGCGAAAGAGCGAAAGCCGCCGCAAAAGCCAAGAAACAGAAGCAGGCUCAGGCACAGCAGCAGCAUGCGAGCGUGGAGUCCAAGCGACCAGUUGAAUUACUGAACGACACGCUUCGUGAUGGCUUCACCACGUUUGGACGCAUAUUUGAAAGCCGACGCUCGAGCCAAAUCGACCCCAACAUGGCCCUGCUCGUCGAAAACCUAACGUCGGCUAUCAGUGCAUCAAACGCGCAACAACAGGAAUCAUCCCAAGCCAUUUGUCAGGGUAUUGCUUCCCUCCAGCAAACGACCGUUGGCCUCGUCGCGGAGAUGAUGAAGCAAUUGAAGGGGCCAAACGCAGCGUAA